AUGUACUCCAAAUUAUUUGUUUUCGCAAGGCUCCGACCAAGGCUACUUUUCUCAGUCGGCGCCCUUCUUAGAGCAUUACAGCUAUGCACUCCAUUCCAAAAGGUUAUCGACCCAUCCAUUGGCGUCGGGGCCGGAGUGAACCUCUGCGCGGUUUUGGCGGGCAGCCGUUGGGUAAAACCAGUAGUAUUGGGCUGGGCAACUACGAAGGCAAUAUGGGUUUGGCUUGGAGCUCGGCAGAUGGAUCGAGCGUUUCUACCGAUUACGCUCUCUAUUCAUGAGUGGGAAGAUCGUCAAAAGAGACGGCGAAAAGGAGGCAAAGACGAUACUUAUCAUCUUGGUGGUGUGUGA